AUCGAUACUUUUUUGAUAAGAUCUAGCCGGCACAAAUAAUUGUUUGUCCGAGUAAAAAAUGCACAAUAAAUAAAGCAUUACAAUGGAUACACAAAUUUUAGACGCCGUAAAUGAUUUUCUGAAAGUGGACUCCAUAGAUGAAGCGUUUGUGAGCGUCAUUGUGUUCAAGUCCGAGGAUGACAAAGCUACAAAUUUUACGAAUAGUUUGAUUACCGCAUUCGGCAAUGUUGAGAACCAGGAACAGGUGUUGCGCGGGUAUUUACUGCGGGCCGCGGAAGCACCUAGCUACCAUAUGCAGGUGCUGAUGGGAGCGCUGCCCAAAUUGGUGGAUGCACAUCUUAUUACAGCAAGAAUGCUAUGCGAUAAGGUGCUGUCCUGCGAGAAACUGGACUAUGAGCGUAAAACCUUUUGGAUCGAGAGCUUUCGGUUGAUUAAGAAAGUUAUUUCACAUGUGGACUACAAGGGUGUGCGGGAAAUCAUGAAGGCCUGCAGGGACAAGGCCCAAUGGUUUCCAUUGAAUGUCAACGUCACUUAUCUACCUCAAUUACUUGCUGUGGAGGAGAUAAUACGCUUCAUAUUCGAUCGUAACAAUUGCUUGCUGCCUGCUUACUUCAUAGCCAAUGAAAUAAUGCGUCCAUUUCCGUAUCACUGGAAACUAAACAAGCUGAUGACUGAUUUUGUUGAAGAAUUUCGUGCGACAGCUCAAAUGGUAUCGAUCAUUGGCCAUGCAAAUAUGUUGCCCAUUGUGGAACAUUUUGGUUAUGCAGAUCACUUGAUGAACUCUUGGCGACUGGAUCACAAUACCUUGAAAUUUAACUUUAAGGGCAGUUUGCCAUAUGAACCCGAACUGCUGGAGGACCAGACGCCUCUCUUGCGCUAUGUGUUAGAGCAGCCAUAUUCACGUGAAAUGGUUUCAGUCAUGUUGAAUUUGCAGAAGCAUCAGAAGCAACGCUACAAUGCGCUCGAGGAGCAACUGGUCAAUCUAAUAAUACAUGCCAUGGAAAUGACAGAAACGAAUGAUGCCACUGCAGGCAGCGGCUUCAAUGCGACCGACGAACAGAUCUCACACAACGAGUGGGUGUGGUUGCAUCUCUCCUCACAACUGAUUUACUUUGUACUCUUUCAGUUUGUCAGCUUUAUGCACAUUGUGCUGGCUCUGCAUGAGAAACUGUCCAAGCUAGAGUUGCGGAAGGGUCGGGAUCAGCUGAUGUGGAUCCUGCUGCAGUUCAUCUCCGGUAGCAUACAAAAGAAUCCUAUCACAAACUUUUUACCUGUCUUUAGACUGUUUGAUCUGCUUUAUCCCGAGCAGGAGCCACUUAAACUGCCAGACUACAACAAGUCUUCCCUGGUGCGCCACAUGGCGCCUAUCUGCAUCUGGAUACAUCUAAUGAAAAAAGCUCGUGUGGAGAAUAUGAACAUCACACGGCCUUUGCCGAUUGCGCUUAAAAAUCAUCAAGAUUUCUUGCAGCAUCUAGUUGCGCCAAAUAACAUGAUGAAUGUCACAUUGGGCAAUGAUUUUCGCAUCAUACUUAUCUGCAAUGCAUAUUCAACUAACCAGGAUUAUUUUGCGCGACACAUGAACGUUCUGCUGGAUGCAAUGAACGGCAAUGCAAAGUCCGCGAAUGGCACACCGAUACCGGCGGUUACUUACUCUGUUUCAGUACUUGACAGUUUGACGGUGCACAGCAAAAUGUCGCUAAUUCACAGUUUUGUGACGCAAAUGCUGAAGCAGGCGCAGAGCAAGACCCUGGUGCCAGCGCCUGCACUCAUUGAAACUUAUGCCAGAUUGUUGGUUUACACUGAAAUUGAAUCGCUAGGCAUCAAGGGUUUUCUAACUCAAUUGCUGCCCAGUGUAUUCAAGAAUCAUGCCUGGGCCAUGCUGCAUACGCUCAUGGAAAUGUUUUCCUAUCGCCUGCAUCAUGUGCCCACACAUUAUCGUGUCCAAUUGCUCUCCCUACUCUACUCGCUCUCCUCCGUGCCGCAGACCAAUAAAAUGCAAUUGAAUCUUUGCUUUGAAUCUACAGCAUUGCGUUUAAUUACCAGCAUUGGCUCCGCCGAGUUUCAGUCGCAGUUUUCACGCUAUUUGAAUGACAAGUCACCUGGAUGCGUGGCAUCCAAUGAAAGUGAGGAGCUGAAUCGUAUACUCAUCUUGACGUUGGCACGUUCCAUGCACGUCCAUGGUGGCGGUGAUGAAUUGGCUGGCUGGUGCAAGGAUUUUCUAUCCAACAUUAUGCAACACACGCCUCAUUCAUGGCCAGUGCAGUCGCUAGCAUGCUUCCCACCCGCACUGAACGAGUAUUUCACAGUGAACCAUCAUCCAGCCGAUAACAAGCAGCAGCUGAAAAAGUCCGUUGAGGAAGAGUAUCGUAAUUGGACAUCCAUGUCCAAUGAAAACGACAUCAUUGCUCACUUCAUCAGGCCCAAUACAAAUCCUUUGUUUUUGUGUUUGCUUUUUAAAAUCAUCUGGGAAACGGAGAGCAUCAGUCCCGUGGCAUACAAAAUUUUGGAAGGCAUCAGCGCACGCGCCUUGUCCACACAUUUGCGCAAGUUCUGCGAUUAUUUAGUGGCUGAAGUGGCCAGCUCCUCUGAUGGUCGCGACUUUAUACACAAAUGUGUGGAUACCAUAAACAAUAUGAUUUGGAAAUUUAAUGUGGUUACGAUAGAUCGGCUUGUGCUCUGCCUGGCUCUGCGCACACAUGAGGGCAACGAGGCUCAGGUCUGUUUAAUCAUAAUUCAACUUUUAUUGUUGAAAGCUUCAGAAUUGCGCAAUCGCGUGCAAGAAUUCUGCAAGGACAAUAAUCCUGAUCACUGGAAGCAAAGCAAUUGGCAUGAGAAGCAUCUUCAAUUUCACCAGAACUAUCCCGAGAAAUUUGCACCAGAUGAGAGUGCAUCACAAAUCCCACUGCCCGUUUACUUUAGCAAUGUGUGUCUGCGUUUUCUGCCAGUGCUCGAUGUGGUGGUACAUCGCUUCAUAGAGCUAACCAUCCCGAACGUGCACCAGAUUCUAGGCAUUAUAUUAGAUCACUUGAGCAUACUCUAUAAAUUUCAUGAUCGUCCUAUUACCUAUCUGUAUAAUACAUUGCACUAUUAUGAGCGUAUUUUGCGUGACCGUCUGCCUCUCAAGAAGAAGCUGGUGAGCACCAUUACAAGUGCUUUCAGCGAGAUACGUCCAGCUAAUUGGAGUGUGAGCGAGCCAUAUAAGGUAUAUCUGCAAAGUCAAGAUCCAUUAUGGACGCCUGAACUUAGCUACUACAUGAAUCUCAUCAGACGACUGGCUGACACUAUCAGCGGUAAAAACGUCUUCUACACCACUGAUUGGCGUUUCAAUGAGUUUCCCAAUGCACCCACACAUGCGCUCUAUGUGACCUGCGUAGAGUUGCUUGGCCUGCCCCUGGCGCCUUCUGUGGUUGCGGGCAAUAUAAUAGAUGUGAUUGUCAAUGGCUAUGCGGUGAUACCCCAAAAGGAAAUACACAGUUAUAUUAAUGCGGUCGGCAUUGUGCUGGCUGCUUUGCCAGAGCCUUACUGGAGUGGGAUUUACGAUCGGCUGCAGGAUAUGCUAAACACACCGAACAUGCUUAACUGGACAUAUCGAUUCAAUGCCUUUGAGUUGUUCAACUUUAAGACUGUGCGUGAGGCCAUGCUGGAGAAGAGUUAUGCUGUCGUCUUGGCAGUUGCGCAUGCAGUGUUCCAUCAUAUCGGUGCCUUUAAGCUGGCAGCCAUGACCCGAUAUAUCAAGGAGAAGCUGAAGCCCUGUGUGCGCACAGAACAUCAGUUGCUAUAUCUAUGCCAUGUCUUUGGACCCUUCCUGCAGCGCAUCGAGCAGGAGAAACCGAAUGCUGUGGCGGGCAUAGCUAUAUUCCUCUAUGAAAUGCUGGAAAAUGUGGACAAGCAACAUGGACCUAAGCCCUUGGAGUAUAUGGAUCAGAUUUGUGAUUUUCUAUAUCACAUUAAGUACAUUCAUGUCGGCAAUAUCAUCAAAAACGAAUCGGAGGCUAUUAUCAAGAGGUUGCGACCGCAGCUGCAGAUGCGGCUGCGUUUCAUAACUCAUCUAAAUCUGGAAGAUAUACAUACAGAGAAAAUUGCUGAGGCCAAUGCAAAUGCAAACACAAAUACGACUCAGUCGCCUUUGCACACAGUACAGCAGCAGCAGCAGCAACAGCAACCACAGCAACAGCAGCAGCAGCAACAACAACAGCAACAACAGCAACAGCAACAACAAACACAACAACAGCAACCACAACAACAACCACAAGCACCACCAGUAGCUGCUACAACCACCAGCUUGCCGCUCGGCAGCGGCGGCAAUCCUCAGCAACAAAUGUACUUACAACACAUGCAGCAGCAACAGCAACAGCAUAUGCAAAACAUGGGCAUGCGUCACAACUAGAUAAAGACAACAACAGCAACACUAACAAUAACAAAUAAUCUUAGUUUAGCUCUAUAUAUUUG